GCAACAAACAAUUUUUCCAGGCUGAAUGAAGAUCUUCUAAAUCAGCGAGAUACCAUUUCCUCUUCAGCUCACGGUUAUCUGGUUCAAAAUGCACAUUACUCAGUUAUACCAGGGAGUCAGGCUUUCUUUUUCAGAGUCAUGUAACACUAUAAACAAGAUAACCAAUCUCUAUGGGAGUAGAGUUCAGGCAGUUGCUCUGCACUGUGUUGGCACAUGGUACUGAAAAAAGAUAAUAGUGGAGAGUUUUUCCCCUCUGCUGUGUAAGCCAUUGUUGUAAACCAGGAGUCUUUGCUGAUAAUAUUAAUCAUCACUACCAAAUCUACUCUUAUCCUUAUAUGAAAGGUUUCAUUUUGACUCAGUGUCACUCGCUCUGGCCCUUGGAUACAUUUGACCGUGGCUGCCAGAAUCUCUAGCCACAUGUUUCUGAGUAUAGAGUUGCCAAUAACCAGAGGAAAUUGGUGUACAGAGGGGACUCUGACAUAGGGUUGCAAGUCUUCUGUGGUGCUGUUUCCUGUGUGCAGGGUUGUCCUGCAGGGAAGUGAAGUUCAGAGGAACUAUCGAUGUGUCCAACCUGUCUGACAAGAAUGAUGAGGACGACCUGGACAUCUGCGUGGCUUUCUGUAUGGACCAGCUCAACACGCGUCUCCUGGACCUCAUGAAGACGUCUGGCGUCCGAGAGGUUCGCAGGGUUCUGGGCAAGUAUGUCCAGCAGCUCAAAUCAGCCAGGAAGAUGAUCCCUGGGGUAACUGUGACCUCUGAUCCCACAAAGUUCGGUCAGGGAAUGAUUCUUCCCACCACCAACGCACUGAAGCAGCAUUCGCCUGUGGCGGCCAAGAAGAAUGAGGUUAAGACCAAUAAAACCCAAAUUAGCCCCGCCGCUAAGUGCUCCUCCAGUACCGCCCCCUGUACCACAGGUGAUCGUAUCCUAACCUGCAGUUUUGAUCUGAAAGAAACAUUCCAGCUCAUGAACUCCACAGGACGUUCAUCAGCCAAGAGGUACUCAAACAGACUAGGAAAGACCAGAAGAAACCAGAACAGACAGGAAAUACAAGAACGAGUUAUAAAUGACGCCCCAUGAAAGACCCUGUUCACUUUAUCUAAAUCCACACUACAGUCACGACCAUCCAGCAAGAAAAACUUUGGUUGAUUAGAAUCAUGUCACAUCUGAGCUAAAAAUUGGUUACAGGCUUUGACGAGUCCAGUAUGAAUCCUGGGCUUGAAAUUGACCAAAACCAGACAAUCAGAAAGCAACCAGGUGAUCAGAACCAGGCCACAGCCUUGCUUGAAACUAGGCCAAACCCAGACCAGUAAGGUUCUUUUUAUACCACUGACAUCUCUGUGCAGUUCGUGCAGGUGUUCACACGCUCAUCAGCGGUGCUGGACGGUUGCCGUGGGGGGAAAUUCCCGUUGCUGGGCAGGAGCCUCAGUGGAGAGUUCACACAGCUGGUGCCAGACACUAGGAUUGACAUGAAGUGGUGGUUGAAGACGUGGCCCAGCGCUGAGUCUUCCUGUUGGGAUGUGAUGUGCUCAUGUUUUUCUGCUGCUGCAUUCAGGAACGCUCUAACCUCUCUGGUCUCUCUGUAGACCACUAUACUACCGUGGCUCCCAGACUGAAAGGAACAAUGUACCCGAGAAGCUCCAGUCAAAGACUUUAAAACGUUCUUUAAGCUUUGACUUGGGAUGUUAAUAAAGAACUUCUCUCUGCUCUGUGUUUGUCCUGCUGCUGUCAAUAUGGUGCAACAUUUUUACUUUAAACUUUAUCUAUACAGUUCCACUUAAACAGUCACUUCCUACUGUAAGGUAAAAACCUGCCUUUUAAAAGAAGACAUAAAUGAUGACAGCAGGGAGGAAGACAUUCUUCUAGACUCCUUUUGGGUUUUGUGUGAAAGAUCUGAACUCA